AUGAUCCUCUGUGGAGUGUGUAAGUUUCUUCACAUAAAUUAUAUUCAGGCGUUUGAUAAUAAUUUAGGCCAAGAAUUAAAUGCCGGGUUUCCUUUCUACAACAUUCUAUUUUUUUCGACCAGUUCAUUUGUCAGCUGCGAUCCAGUGUGGACCAGUCCACCAGGACACAGGGGUGAGAACCGCCACUGUUGGGACAAACGUGACCUUACAUUGCUUCUAUGAAAGCCAAGUGGCAAUGCACUUCUCCUGGUACCGACAAAGAUUUGGAAGCAGACCUGAGCUCCUGUCUAUCAUUUACAAAUAUGAUGAGCCGUCCAAAGUCUUCCAGUGGUUGGAGAUGAACCCUCGUUUCUCUGUGGAAAGGAAAGAAGGGACCAAUCAUUUAUACAUUUCUGACAUCCACUUCUCAGAUUCAGCUACAUAUUAUUGUGGAAGCUCACACUCCAACAUGGUGGAAUUUGGGGAAGGGGUCUUUCUGAGUGUUGAAGGACAAAACAACCAGGAAGCUGUUCAGGAACCAGUAACUGAGACCGUCCAGCCUGGGAGCUCUGUGACAUUCAACUGCACAGUUCAUUCUGGGACCUGUGAUGGAGAACAUCGCGUCUACUGGUUCAGACAUGGAUCACACCAAGGAAUCCUUCACACACACAGUGGUCAUUGUGAACCUGUCUCUGCUCCAGAGUCGCCUUCACAGAGAUGUGUCUACCAUCUGCAGAAGACCAACCUACGCGCCUCUGAUGCUGGAAUCUACUACUGCGCUGUGUCCUCCUGUGGGGAGAUACUGUUUGGUAAUGGAAGCAAGCUGCUCAUCAGAGAUGACGUUGUAGACCAAGUGGCACAGAUUAGAAUCUUAGCCUGGCUCUCUGUCAUUAGAGCUGGGUUUCUUUUCUUCUUUAUUACCAUUUGUCUGCUCGUUUUCAUCAGGAAGAGCAGGUGAAGCGUACUUUAGUUGUCUUAGUACAAAUCUCUUCCAUUCAUUUAAAACGGUUUUGUAUCUUACACUUUCAAUAAUUAAACUCCAAACUUGAUAAAGCU